AUGAGUUGUACUAGGCCAGAUAUUGCCUUUGCCGUUAGCAAACUCAGUAGAUAUACGAGUAACCCUGGUGAUAUGCACUGGAAGGCAAUUGUGAGGGUUAUGAGAUACCUAAGGGAUACUCGUAACUAUGCACUGCACUAUACGGGAUAUCCUGCUGUACUUGAAGGGUAUAGUGAUGCUAACUGGAUAUCUGAUAUUAAGGACUCUAAGUCCACGAGUGGCUACGUGUUUACACUAGCCGGUGCAGCUGUUGCAUGGAAAUCCUCUAAGCAAACCGUGAUAGCUAGAUCCACGAUGGAAUCUGAGCUGAUAGCCUUGGACAAAUGUUGUGAAGAGGUAAUGGUCGACCGUUACAAGGGUUACAAGGCUGAGUUUAUGAUCAGCUUAAGUGCCUUAAUUAAAUGCUAUUAA